UGUCGGGGUAAAAGCACAGAACUGCGGAACAACGUGGAGAACUACUAUUUACUUCUGAGCAGGCUUUGAGAAGCGGACGCCUCAUGGAGCUCAUCUCAUGACUGCUGACCCGAGGAAGAGCCUCUGUACAGCGCGAAGCUCUUGAUAAAGCUGUGAGCCGCUAACAGUGCUGGGGUUUGUGUGAACCGAAGGGCCCAGGCAAGCAGCGGAUCACCGAAGAGGCUUGAGCUCUGUCUCUGUCUCUAUCAGCGGGAGCAUGUCUCAAACCGGAGCUCCUCCGCGAUGGAAGAACUGUCCCAGAAGAGGACAACCUGUGGCUGGCAAAUUUCUGCCCAUGAAAACCAUGCUUGGACCACGCUAUGAUGAUAAAGUCCCGGAGGAGAACCGGUUUCAUCCCAGCAUGCUGUCCAACUAUCUCAAAAGCUUAAAGGUGAAGAUGGGUUUGCUGGUGGACCUGACGAACACCAGCCGCUUCUAUGACCGAGCGGAGAUAGAAAAAGAAGGAAUCAAAUACGUGAAACUUGCCUGCAAAGGUCACGCCGAAUGUCCCGCAGUAGAGACGACAGAGAUGUUCAUCAGGCUGUGCGAGCACUUCAUAGAGAAGACACCCACAGAGCUCAUCGGCGUUCACUGCACGCAUGGCUUCAACCGCACCGGCUUUUUAAUAUGUGCCUACCUGGUGGAGAAAAUGGACUGGAGUAUCGAGGCCGCUGUGGCAGCGUUCGCUCAGGCUCGGCCCCCGGGCAUCUAUAAAGCCGACUAUCUGAAGGAGCUCUUCCGCCGCUACGGGGACGUGGAGGACGCGCCGCCCGCCCCUGCUCUCCCCGAAUGGUGCUUCGAUGACGAGGAGGAGGAUGAAGAUGUGGACGAUGAUGGGACUGCCAUCGCUCAGGGCUCCGAGCCCAGCUCCUCUCACUCCAGUCAGGGCAAGAAGAAGAAAGAACGGCUAAAUCUGCACGCUGUGUUUCUGGAGGGAGUGUCUGUCAAAGGAGUCACUCAAGUCACAUCACAGCCCAAGCUCGGCCUGAUCCAGAGGAAGUGUCAGGAGUUCUCUGAGUGGGACAAAUCGGGGUUUCCUGGUGCUCAGCCCGUAUCGAUGGACCGCAGGAACAUUCGUCUGUUGGAGAAGAACGUUUAUAAAGUCAGCUGGAAAGCAGACGGCACGCGGUACAUGAUGUUGAUAGAUGGAAAAGACGAAGUCUAUAUUAUUGACAGAGACAAUUCGGUCUUUCACAUAGCCAACCUGGAGUUUCCUUUCCGGAAGGAUCUUCGCAUCCACCUUUCCAACACGCUUCUAGAUGGGGAAAUGAUUAUCGACAAAGUGAAUGGGCAGCCCGUCCCGCGAUACCUCAUCUAUGACAUCAUUAAAUUUAACGGUCAGCCUGUGGGUCAGUGUGACUUCAACAGACGUCUGCUGUGUAUCGAGAAGGAGAUCAUCUCCCCACGAUUCGAGAAAAUGAGGCUGGGCCAGAUUGAUAAAUCCAAGGAGCCCUUCAGCGUCAGGAACAAGCCUUUCUUCGACAUCCACGCUGCGCGCAAGCUCCUGGAGGGCAGUUUCACAUCGCAGGGCAGCCAUGAAGUCGAUGGUCUUAUCUUCCAGCCUAUAGGGAAAUAUAAGCCGGGCAGAUGUGAUGACAUUCUGAAGUGGAAGCCGCCCAGCCACAACUCGGUCGAUUUCAGACUCAAGAUCACCAAAGUCGGCGGGGAGGGACUGAUCCCGCAGACGGUGGGUCUCCUGUACGUGGGGAGCUAUGACAUGCCCUUUGCACAAAUGAAGAUAACAAAGGAACUGAAGCAGUAUGAUAAUAAAAUAAUUGAGUGCACGUUCGUCAAUAACACCUGGGUGUUCAUGCGACAGAGGACGGACAAGAGCUUCCCCAACUCAUAUGACACAGCCAUGGCUGUGUGCAACAGUAUCCAGCAUCCCGUCACAAAGGAAAUUCUCUUUGAGUUUUUGGACCGGUGCGCCCAGGCGCAGUCCCGCAAACACCCAGUCGACUCUAAGCUCAUGCCACCGCCUCCACCAAAGAGAGCGAACCUCACCGUCCCGCAGUAGCGCAGUGCCGCCAGAGCAGAAUGCAAGCAGUUUGAUUCUUUUUUUUUUUAUUCCCAAAAUGUUCAGCAGCUCUGCACACCGCAAGAGAAGAGACUUCUGGAGAACAUUUUGCUUUUUGGCCUCACUUUGGCUUCUAUUCUUGAAGUUGUUGAUGAUCUAUUUAAAGACACUGCUAUGAGAGCUUGUUUGAACAUUGAGUGCUGAGGUGCAUUCUUAUUUAAAAGAAUAAAAAUAAAAAUGAAUUGCAUUGUUUUCUUUUUUUAUGUUUUGUAUUUGUUACGGUUCGCUUCACCUCUCUGUUUGUUUUUCAGUUGCUUUUUUACUAAACAGAACAGUGUGGUGUGCUGUCUAAACUGUCUAGAUUUAGACCUAACCAUGAAACACUGAAACAAGUCCCGUGGAAUUUCACCAGAUCUGGACUAAUCUAAACACUGAUAGGCGGUGUGCGUCAUAUGAUGGUGUUUGUUAGGUUAGAGUGUUUUGUAUGUCAUUAUGCUGAUUUGAAAAUGUUGCCCCAACCCUUUUUUCUCAGGUUUUGUUUCUUAAAAAAUGCCAGGUGUAUUUAAGUUUUCCUGGAUCUUUUGGCUCAAUGUUUUUUUUGGGGGGGGGGAAUGAAAGCAAUAAUUCCAAAAUAAAGAUUGCCAGC